GAAGCGGGCGUAGGCCGGCCGGCUCGUCCUGGGGCCAUGGCAGCAGCAGCGGCUGCAGCCGAGGGGGUCCCGGGUCGGGCACCUGUCGGGGAGGUGAUUCAUCUGAAUGUGGGAGGCAAGAGAUUCAGUACUUCCCGCCAGACCCUCACCUGGAUCCCAGACUCCUUCUUCUCCAGUCUUCUGAGCGGGCGCAUCUCGACUCUAAAAGAUGAGGCUGGAGCGAUCUUCAUUGACAGGGAUCCCACCGUCUUUGCCCCCAUCCUCAACUUCCUGCGUACCAAAGAGUUGGACCCCAGGGGUGUCCACGGUUCCAGCCUCCUCCACGAAGCCCAGUUCUAUGGGCUCACUCCUCUGGUUCGUCGCCUGCAGCUGCGGGAGGAGCUGGAUCGAUCUUCUUGUGGAAACGUCCUCUUCAACGGUUACCUGCCCCCACCAGUGUUCCCGGUGAAGCGGCGGAACCGCCACAGCCUGGUGGGGCCCCAGCAGGCGGGAGGACGCCCAGCCCCUGUUCGACGGAGCCACACGAUGCCCCCCAACCUGGGCAACGCGGGGCUGCUGGGCCGCAUGUUGGAGGAGAAAGCCCCUCCUUCUCCCUCAGGGAUACCCGAGGAGCCGGGCAUGGUGCGCCUGGUGUGUGGACACCACAACUGGAUCGCUGUGGCCUAUACCCAGUUUCUCGUCUGCUAUAGGCUGAAGGAAGCCUCUGGCUGGCAGCUGGUGUUUUCCAGCCCCCGCCUGGACUGGCCCAUCGAGCGACUGGCGCUCACAGCCCGUGUGCCUGGUGGCGCUCUGGGUGAGCACGACAAGAUGGUGGCAGCCGCCACCGGCAGCGAGGUCCUGCUGUGGGCUCUGCAGGCAGAAGGCGGUGGCUCGGAGAUAGGUGUCUUCCACCUGGGGGUGCCCGUGGAGGCCUUGUUCUUCGUCGGGAACCAGCUCAUCGCCACGAGCCACACAGGGCGCAUUGGGGUGUGGAAUGCCGUCACGAAGCAUUGGCAGGUCCAGGAGGUGCAGCCCAUCACCAGUUACGACGCAGCCGGCUCCUUCCUCCUCCUCGGCUGCAACAACGGCUCCAUCUACUACGUGGAUGUGCAGAAGUUCCCUCUGCGCAUGAAAGACAACGACCUCCUUGUCAGCGAGCUCUACCGGGACCCGGCUGAGGAUGGGGUCACUGCCCUCAGCGUCUACCUCACGCCCAAGACUAGCGACAGCGGGAACUGGAUCGAGAUUGCCUAUGGCACGAGCUCGGGGGGCGUGCGGGUCAUUGUGCAGCACCCCGAGACCGUGGGCUCGGGGCCUCAGCUCUUCCAGACCUUCACCGUGCACCGCAGCCCCGUCACCAAGAUCAUGCUGUCUGAGAAGCACCUCAUCUCAGUCUGUGCCGACAACAACCACGUGCGGACGUGGUCUGUGACUCGCUUCCGCGGCAUGAUCUCCACCCAGCCCGGCUCCACCCCGCUCGCUUCCUUCAAGAUCCUGGCCCUGGAGUCGGCCGACGGGCAUGGCGGCUGCAGCGCUGGCAAUGACAUUGGCCCCUAUGGCGAGCGGGAUGACCAGCAAGUGUUCAUUCAGAAGGUGGUGCCCGGUGCCAGCCAGCUCUUCGUGCGCCUCUCAUCCACUGGGCAGCGGGUGUGCUCCGUGCGCUCGGUGGACGGCUCCCCCACCACUGCCUUCACGGUGCUCGAGUGCGAGGGCUCCCGGCGGCUCGGCUCACGGCCACGGCGCUACCUGCUCACUGGCCAGGCCAAUGGCAGCCUGGCCAUGUGGGACCUGACCACCGCCAUGGAUGGCCUCGGCCAGGCCCCUGCAGGUGGCCUGACAGAGGAAGAGCUGAUGGAAGAGCUGGAGCAGUGCGAGCUAGCCCCACUGGGCUCCUCGCGGGGCUCCCUCCCCAGCCCCUCACCCCGCACCUCUCUCACCAGUCUCCACUUGGCUUCCAGCAAUACCUCCCUGUCUGGCCUCCGUGGGAGCCCCAGCCCCCCGCAGGCUGAGGCCCGGCGCCGUGGGGGAGGCAGCUUCGUGGAACGCUGCCAGGAACUGGUGCGGAGCGGGCCGGAGCCCCGACGGCCACCAACACCAGCCCCCCGGCCCUCCACGGGUCUCGGGGCUCCCCUCACACCCCCCAAGACGAAGCUCAAUGAAACUUCCUUCUGAACACAGAUACCGUGACGCCUUUGGUUGCCCUGGUUGUGGGGGCCGCAGGUGCCUCCUGCUUCCUCCAGUCAGACCCCCGGGCUCAGGGCCAGGUCCUCCUCAGAGUGGUCACUGUCACUGUCCCCCUUUUCUUGAAGCCAGAUUCUCCCUCCUCACAAUAAAGUCCUCACUGCCGACA